GGAGCUGGGGCGGAGGCUGGCGGGGCCCGCCCGGGAGGCGCGCGGUCCAAGUCGCAGGCAUCUCUUCGCCUCUUCCCGUCGGAUCCCAUCCCGGGAUGUCGGGGGCCGGCGAGGAAGAGGCGGGGUCCGCGGGCGGGUGGAGCUCACCCCUCGAGGCUGCCCUCUCGGCGCGCCCGCGUCCUCCCCUACUCCCGGCCCUGCCACUCCCUCGCUGGCCUGAACAGCUGUUUACAACGGAAUCCGGACGCCGGGCGCGAGUGGAGCUCAGUGCCAGAGGAGGGGAUUCCCGGCGCCGGGGGACAGAGCCCCCCUUUUUUUUUCUUUGCCGAAAGACCCUUUCUGCUGGGGAGCCUCUUGUGUCGAGCCUAGGCCCGCGUGCAGCCCCGACGGAUGACCGUCUUCUUGGCAAGAAAGUGAAUAAACUUAAUUGAGAAUGUCUGAAAACCUUGACAAGUCCAAUGUAAAUGAAGCAGGAAAAUCAAAAUCCAGUGAUUCUGAGCAAGGCCUCGAAGAUGCUGUGAAAGGUGCUGAUGAAGCCUUACAGAAAGCAAUAAAGUCAGACUCCUCCAGCCCGCAAAGAGUGCAGAGACCUCACUCUAGUCCUCCUCGCUUUGUGACAGUAGAAGAACUUCUAGAGACAGCGAGAGGUGUCACCAACAUGGCUCUAGCCCAUGAAAUUGUAGUAAAUGGAGACUUUCAGAUUAAACCAGUUGAAUUACCAGAAAACAGCUUGAAGAAGAGAGUAAAGGAGAUUGUACAUAAAGCGUUUUGGGAUUGCUUGAGUGCGCAGCUAAGUGAAGACCCCCCAGCAUAUGACCAUGCUAUCAAACUUGUAGGAGAAAUCAAAGAGACUCUCUUAUCUUUCUUGCUGCCUGGUCAUACUAGACUGAGAAACCAGAUAACAGAAGUCUUGGAUCUGGAUCUGAUAAAGCAGGAAGCAGAGAAUGGGGCCCUAGACAUUUCUAAGCUGGCAGAAUUCAUUAUUGGCAUGAUGGGGACACUGUGUGCACCUGCUCGAGAUGAGGAAGUUAAGAAACUAAAGGACAUUAAGGAAAUAGUGCCCCUUUUCAGAGAAAUUUUUUCUGUGUUGGACCUAAUGAAAGUGGACAUGGCCAACUUUGCUAUCAGUAGCAUCAGGCCUCAUCUCAUGCAGCAGUCAGUUGAGUACGAAAGGAAGAAGUUUCAAGAGAUUUUGGAGAGGCAACCAAAUUCCCUGGACUUUGUCACCCAGUGGCUGGAAGAAGCCUCAGAGGACCUUAUGACUCAGAAGUAUAAACACGCCCUGCCAGUGGGGGGAGCGGCUGCUGGCUCUGGGGACAUGCCCAGGCUGAGCCCUGUUGCUGUCCAGAAUUACGCUUACCUGAAGCUUCUGAAGUGGGACCACCUCCAGAGGCCGUUCCCCGAAACAGUUUUAAUGGACCAGUCUCGCUUCCAUGAGCUCCAGUUGCAGCUGGAACAACUGACCAUCCUGGGGGCUGUGUUGCUGGUCACCUUCAGCAUGGCAGCCCCAGGAAUUUCCAGCCAGGCCGACUUUGCUGAGAAACUCAAGAUGAUUGUGAAGAUUUUGCUAACAGAUAUGCACCUGCCCUCCUUCCAUCUGAAGGACGUCCUCACUACCAUCGGGGAGAAGGUGUGCCUGGAGGUGAGCAGCUGCCUCUCCCUGUGUGGGUCCUCCCCCUUCACCACGGACAAGGAGACCGUGCUCAAGGGCCAGAUCCAGGCCGUGGCCAGCCCCGAUGACCCCAUUCGUAGGAUCAUGGAAUCUCGAAUCCUGACCUUCUUAGAAACCUACCUUGCCUCGGGUCAUCAGAAGCCAUUGCCCACAGUCCCUGGGGGACUCAGUCCAGUUCAGAGAGAGCUGGAGGAAGUUGCUAUUAAAUUUGCUCGCCUGGUCAACUAUAACAAGAUGGUCUUCUGUCCCUACUACGAUGCAAUCCUCAGUAAGAUCCUUGUCCGAUCCUAACGUGUAUGCACCCUACAGCAGCAGUAUUACUCACUAGCCACAGAAUACCUGCUCUCAACUCUAAUGUUGCAUUGGAAAAUGGCUAUAUAGUACGUGUCUAUUUAAUAGCACCGAUUCCAAAGGGAAGAAUAUUGUGUAUCACUGUUGAAAAGACUUGUUGAAAAAUCCACUGAAUUCUAUUUUGAGAGAUUGUAUUUAUGAGUGCAAGUUUACAGAUCAAAGAAGCAUUUUGUUCUCGAGUUUUACAGGUAACACUCAGCUGUGUCUCCACUCCUCCCCCAUCAUGUCCUUCCAAGGAGGCUGGGACCUCUCUCUUCUGCAGUCUGGGUAGUUCUUUCAGAUGCCCCAUGCUGAGUUGACAGCCAUCCAAGCGCAAAAGAGACCAAGCCAUGGCCUCACCUCCUGCCCUCCCUCAGACAGCCUUGUCCCUCACCCCUCCCUUCCGAUAUUUUUGUUAGAAGGGCUAUAUAACGUCUUAUUGCCAUUUUCUCCCCCUAUUUAUUGCUUCCUCCCUGCCUGGCCUAGCCAGGGCUCCCAAGCCCUUUUUUCUAGAGGAGAGUUAUUUGUCUCUCUCUUUUUUUUUUACCUUCUUUUUUAUAUUCAAACAUUCUUUCUUUUAACCUUCCCCCAAAGAUACAGUUAUUGGACUUUAAAAAGCUUGUUCUUUUAUACAAAAUUACUCCUGCAUCUGGGUGAGCAGUUAUGACUUAUGAGAUCUAGUGAAAGGAAAGUCUUUGACUUUCAAGCCUGGAAAGUCAAGGAGGAAAUGUUUUGAAAAAUAUUUUACUGUAAUGUGAACGAAGAGAAAUGUCUGGAAUUCUUACUGAAAAAUUGACUCUGAGACAAUACACAGAUGUGUUGAUUGAGUUAAA